AUGUCUUUUUUAGUCUUUGAUUUCCUCUAAACGUUUGCACCUGAGAGAAUAAAGCUGUAGCAUCGGGCCACUCCCAAUCCUACUCACGGGCAAAGAAUGUCCCCUUUGAGCCACUGUGACACCGGCUGGUUACUCCCACAGAUUCCUCAGGAUUGGCUGGGACUGCAAAUAAAGCUGUUUGACUGUAAUCAAGUCGAUAAGCUACAAUAUAAACGAAGCUGCCAGCCACCUGCUCUCAAGCUACAGAUGUGGCGCUUACUUACUUUUUCUCCCUAAGCGUUUUCAUGCAAGAAUUGGGAAGGAACCACUGUACCUGGUCGGAAGAAAAGAACUUCAAGGAAGAAAAAUCCCAAAAUGGGAUUGCUGAAUUCUAAAAAUCCCAAAGGCAAACAAGCCCAUAUUCUUCUUCUGGGACUCGACUCGGCUGGGAAAUCUACUCUGCUUUACAGGUUAAAGUUUGCCGAGACUCUCACAACCAUCCCAACCAUCGGCUUCAACGUGGAAAUGGUCCAGCUGGAGAGUGAUCUUCCGCUCACCGUGUGGGAUGUUGGAGGGCAGGAGAAGAUGCGCACCGUCUGGGACUGCUACUGUGAGAACGCAGACGGGCUCCUGUACGUGGUGGACUGUUCCGACGGCAAGCAGAGACUCAAGGACUCCUGUAAAGAGUUCAAGCACAUUUUGCAGAAUGAACACAUCAAAAACGCGCCGGUCGUCAUAUUAGCCAACAAACAAGAUUUGCCCGGAGCUCUGAGUGCCGAGGAAAUCACCAGGAUAUUCAAGGUGAAGAAGCUGUGUAGCAAUCGGUGCUGGUACGUGCAACCCUGCUGCGCCGUCACUGGAGAAGGGCUGGAUGCCGGGUUCAGGAAAUUGACUGAGUUUGUGAAAAGCCACCUGAAGGCCAGGGACGCCUUAAGACCUUAGCAUUCUUCAAGCAGAAAUGAGGCUGUGGAACCGUCCCGGCCUCUGAAAGACAAUGACGAAGUGGAAAUGGGAAUUCUGUUUUAUUUCCCAUGAGAAGUGAAAAAAGUGAGUUACUGACUUUGUACAUUUUCCCGGAGGUUAAUUUCACCCUGUCCAGCUAAAGAUGGAACUUUAUAGCAAACUAUGGGGUAACGGUCAUCGAGAUGGAAGAAUUCGUAUUUUGAAAAGGUUAAUGUGUUGGAUGAUUUGAAAGUCAUAUUUAGAACCAGAGAAAUGUUUAUUAAUUUUCUAUGACCAGUAGAGUAAUAUCCGUCUGCUUAUACAGUCAGGGCUCUUUCAAAUGCUUCCCAGCCGUUGCACUGCGGCAGGUAUUGAAUUUUUACCCUGUUCCUGGGUAAUAACUGAGUGGUGAGAAAAAAAUUAAAUUAUGGAGAGGGAAAAGGUUGAUGUUAGCCUCUUGGAAAUCUUUGUUUUCUAAACACAACCCCCGUUCCACCCCCAGUCCUUCCAGCUUGUUGAAAUCUAUUUCUGGUAACUUCCUCCAGUGAGUCUUUUUGAAAAUAUAUUUUUUAUUA